CCCACACUUGGGCCCCGUGACCAGCAAACGAGCAGCCGCCUCGUACAGGCGGCUCGCGAGUCGAGAGUUCGUCCCGUACAGUACAUAGUCCAGCCCCGACCGACAAAAAAAAGUCCAGACCCGACCGGCGCCGCCGCAGCAGCGAGAAGAUCCUCCGACGGCCUCGUCGGCUCGCCGCACCCUCCUCCCCGUCGCCGCGGGUGGCGGCUGCUUCCCAGUGACGAGCGAGCCCUCGCAUCAUCCGCUCCCGGGAGCGUCGCCGCCGUCCUUCCCGGGGACGGUGACUCGCGCAGCGGCGGAGCGGGAGGAGGCACCCGCUGCUCUGGUACUGAUUUGACAGAACACCAGUGGCGGUCAACCACCAUGACGAAAAGAAGCCACACGACCGUCCUUGACGACCUGCCCGAGUAGAUUGUCAUUGAAGAGAUCCUAGUCCGGUUGCCCCCAAAGGACGUCCUUCGCUGCCGCGCUGUCCACAAGCUGUGGCACAGUGCCACCUCCACCAACAAGUUCGUGCUCGACAAUCAUUGCCGCCAGCCCUCGCUCCCUGUCAUCAGACAGUGUAUCCCUGGGCGGGAAGGAGUCGGGUUCGUUGUCUUCCGUGACAAUGGUGCCAUGGCCUCCAAUCAAAAGCUCUCACCAAUCAUUCGACACUCUAAGUUAAUUAAACUCGUGGGUGCCUGUGAUGGCCUUCUUAUCUUGUCCAGCGGAUCUUAUUUCUGGAUCUGCAACCCAACCACUGGCAAAUGUGCUCCACUACCACAACCCCGAGUUCAAUCUUCAUCGCCAUGGGGUUCCGACUUCUACAUAGCCGGAUUCUACCGGCACCAACCAUCUGGGGAAUACCGGGUGCUCUGGUUCUCAUAUGUCUGCCAUCGUGGCUACGUUCUCACGGUAGGAUCUGACAAGCCGAGAAGCAUCAGUCGGCCGUCAGUGUCAUCGCGUUUGCCAAGAUAUAGUUGUCAAGAUGCUUUUGAUUCCUGCUAUAGUUCACAACUCAAUCACCGCGGCAACCUGCACUGGUUAACAGGAAUCUACAUGGAGACUCCUGUGGACAUUAUGGUGUUCGACACAGUAACUGAGACGUUCCGGUGGAUGCGCAGUCCUGACCAGCUGGGCUGUCGUUUGUCGUUGUUGGAGAUGGACGACAAGCUUGCUUCAUGCAGCAGCAGUAAUGCUACCAUAGAGAUUUGGGUUAUGCAAGACUAUGAUGCUGAGGACUGGGCCUUGAAGUACCGGAUUAACUUGUUAGCGAUGAAGACGUCACCACAGUUUGGUUUAAGUGUGAGAUUUAUUUCUAAGAUGGCGCUGCUUAACCAGCGUGAGCUGCUGACCUGUUCGUGUACUGGCCCACAGGGUCCUGACUUUCUGUUGCAUUGUGACAUUGAUGGAAUGUUUUUGGGUUAUGUCGAAAUCAAAGAGGCCAAGCAUCCAGUAUACUUCACUAAUCAGUACAUCCAGGAGAGCCUGAUUCCACUUCCGUUCAGUGAGAUGCAAGAAGAAAGAUUUGUGUAUACGGAGCCUCCAUUGUUCGUAGGGCUAUAAGGUGGUACUUCUAGUUUACCAUGUAUACCUUCGGAGUGUCCAUCCUUUAUGAGCAUGACCCUAGUCCUUACUUCAUAGUACUAGUAGAACUGAACAAUUUAUAUGGCUUUGCUAUCACUUGGUGCCUUUUGUGCUGCCUUGAGCGUCAUCGUGAUGUGUGGGAGUAUAUAUGCUAUACAUCUGUGCUAUUUCUUUCCUGUUUACUUUCACUACGCGUUGUUAAGUAAUGUGAAUGGUGCUGGCUGUACUUUGAAGUGCUAAUUACUUCCUAAGUUGUUAAUGUGUGGGAUGAAUUUGUGCUAGUAGAGAAUCAGUGCAGCAGUGUCUACCAUAUUUGCUAAGAAAUCAGUUCCAUCAAGAAAAUAUGGGAGAUGCAGUCUCUGUCAUUUUCUUCGGGUUUUUUCGCCCAACGAUUGUUGGGCAGUCUUAUCUUCUAAAUUAGAUCUAGAAUGCAAUUUAAGCCUAUGAUGAUUUGCUUUAUGUUGGAAUUACCGUCAGAUUCCAAAUGAUGAUAUUUUUGUGGCUUUCUGAGGCUUAAACCGCUUAAGUCUUCUACUUUUUAUAUUGUUAACUUGGUUCAUAUUAUAUCAUCCCGGUGAAGAAUCUCCAACCAUAUGAAGUGUCGCAUGACACUGUAAACAACAGCUGCUUUUCUCCACUGCAAGCGUCCUCCUUGGGCCAUAACCUUUGUGGUUUGGUCUGUGCUGGAGUCUCCAGUUGUACCUGGUUUGGUUCAGCUGUUUGUGUGAUUUCUCUUUAAUCUUGCUUGCUCUGUUUUUUGCAUAGUAUCUUAUUCUAAUAUUCUUGUCUGUAAAUGUAAAUCUGCCUGGGAACAUUCUGCAUGUUGAUAGGUACCUGAGACCACGUUUCAGUCGGUUUACAGAGCCGGUUCUCAUGAGAGGGACGCGACCAACCGUCGGAGACAAGCCUUUCUUGUCCAGCAAUUGAAUUGACUCCGAAUUUCCGUCGAUCUAGGUUUUCGACUAACCUGUCCAAGAGGUUCUGAGAUACAGGCCUGUGAUGAGUUUAAGGUUCCAAGCUAGCAUGGCUUCUUUCUUAGUAGCAGAGCUUACCGUCUUCUGUUCUUUUGAAAUUUGUCAGCUAUAUAUUUUUCAAACUUUGUUGACACUACUCCUUUUGCCACAUUGCAGAAGGCCACUCAUCACCUCAUUUCCUGUAUUACCUGUUGCGGUUAGCAUCCAUCUACCUGAUUUUUACCAUGAAUAUAUUGUAAACACUGCGACCCCUGCAAACUGUUGUUUGUAUUUUUUUUGCCUAUAUUGGACCAAAAUGUUCGAAA